AUGGAAUCUAAAUCUAAAGGUUGGAAAAGUCUUGUCCUUCCACAGAUCUGUAGAGCUGUGUUAAAUAGAGUUGUUCUUUCUAGUAUACUGAAUUACCUGAUGGGUUGUUUCCUACUGCCAAUAGGAAUAACCAACAAGAUUGAUGCAAUUCAGAGGGAUUUCUGGUGGGGUAAAGACUCAGGAGGAAGAGGGUUCUAUCCAAGAGCUUGGCCAUAUCUUUGUAAACCUAUUGCUAAAGGAGGCCUAGGAUUUAGGAAUGCUCAUAGGUUCAAUCUUGCAAUGCUGGCCAAAGUGGCUUGGAGAUUGAUAAAAGAACCAAAUGCUCUUUGGGUUAAAUCAAUGAGAUCUAAAUAUUUUAGGAAUAAAUCCCCCUUUAAAACCAAAAUCUCAUCAAACAACUCUUGGACUUGGAAAUGUAUAAAGAAAGGUCUAGACUUAGUUCAACAAUACAGUAUGUGGGAAGUGGUAAAUGGUCAGGAGAUCAACAUAUGGGAUGAUAAAUGGAUCCCAGGAUUAGACAGUACCAUAGAUUAUCUUAAAAACUCUAGUAAUAAUUCCCUAGUUAAGAUGGCAGAUCUGAUCAUUCCUGAAACAUCUUCUUGCAAUCUUCCUAUUAUCUUCUCUGUUUUCCCAACUGAUAUUGCCAACAAAAUUAGGACCAUUCAUAUCUUUGUUGGAGAUCAUCAAAACACUAGGACACACCAACUACGAUGGAACUUAACCAAUAACGGAGAAUUCACUGUGAAGUCAAUGUAUGACAAACUUAAUGAAAUGGAGUAG